UUUUAUUAGGAUAUUCUCAUUCAUUUUGUACGUUAUUUUGCUUUUGCUAAUACACUCGAAAAGAGAUCAACCCACCAACUAAUUAGAUCUUAUAUGAUCGGACGGUUGUAAAUGCGUCCCAAAUUUAGAUCAACUCCACACACAGUACACACACUAAAAUUCUCGGGCACGGCAAACUGCACGCUCCGCCGGUCAAUCGCUGCUAGUUUCCGGCCAGACAAACGGCUCUGUGAGAUGGAUUGACGGCGGUUAUGGAAAAUCAUUGUUGAGGCUAUAUGAUGGAGCCAUCACGAUAGGUUCCCGUGAAAACCGUAAGCCCUUCUUUUCAGAAAAUAAUACAAUCGGAUUUUCGCUCGUGACCGAUCCACCACCACCGACGGCCACCGAACGGAACACCGCCGUAUCACCGUAAUCAGGACGUCGGGUCAUAUCUUCCAAUCCCACGGACUCGAAUGAGUUGCUAGCCAUGGACCAAAGAUAUCCAAUGGGGAAGAGAAAUCGGGCUGCUGUUGUCGUGCUGGGUGAUAUUGGUCGUAGCCCCCGAAUGCAAUACCAUGCACUUUCCCUUGCUCGUCAGGCUAUUUUGCAAGUAGAUAUUGUCGCAUAUGGAGGUUCCGAACCACACAUUUCUGUGUUGGAGCACCAAUCUAUUCAUAUCCAUAAGAUGCCACAGUGGCCGACAUUUACCCGAUGGUUUUCGAGCCCUUUUCGACCGCUAUUUCUAAUUUUCAAGCCUAUAUUCCAGUUUCUGGUGCUGCUUUGGUAUCUUUGUGUAAAGAUACCGGCUCCUGAUGUUUUCAUAGUGCAGAAUCCACCAUCCGUGCCUACACUAGUGGUUGUGAAGUGUGCCAGUUGGUUUAGAAAGUCAGGUUUCAUUGUUGAUUGGCAUAAUUUCGGAUAUACUCUACUAGCGCUGUCCCUUGGAAGGAAUAGUCUUUUUGUUGCAAUGUAUCGUUGGAUUGAGAAGCAAUUUGGCAGGAUGGCCCACGGUUCCUUGUGUGUGACAAGAGCAAUGCAACACGAGUUGUCCCACAACUGGGGAAUUAAAGCCACCGUUCUAUAUGAUCAACCUCCUGAAUUCUUCCGGCCUGCUUCACUCGUGGAGAAGCAUGAUGUGGCAAAUAACAAUGAUCCGAAUUCAACUCCAUUUACGACUAAGGUUGGCAGUGACAUAUUACUGAAGCAAAACAGACCAGCUCUCGUUGUCAGCAGUACAAGCUGGACCGCCGAUGAAGAUUUUGAGAUUCUUCUGGAAGCAGCUGUUAAGUAUGAUAGGCGAGUUGCUGCACGUCUUGGCGAGGAUGACUCGAUUGGGGACGAAGUUGUUUGGGACGAUAUGCAUAAUGGAAAGCUAUGCUCGUACCCAAGGUUGCUGUUCAUUAUUACUGGUAAAGGACCUGAGAAGAAGAAAUACGAGGAGACGUUAAAAAAACUUAGGCUGAGACGUGUUGCGUUUCGCACCAUGUGGUUGUCCGCGGAGGAUUAUCCAUUGCUUCUUGGUUCAGCAGACCUGGGCGUGUGCCUGCAUACUUCGUCAUCAGGGUUGGAUUUACCCAUGAAGGUAGUGGAUAUGUUUGGCUGCGGACUACCUGUCUGUGCUGUUUCAUAUUCUUGCAUAAAAGAGCUGGUAAACGUUGAAAAAAAUGGGCUUCUAUUCUCUUCAUCUGCGGAAUUGGCUGAAGAACUUAUGAUGUUGUUCGAGGGUUUUCCAGAAAAAUGUGAUGCGUUGGGGUUGAUGAGGUCGAACUUGAUGGAAAUGGUAUCUUCUGUUAGGUGGGCGACGACAUGGGAAGAAAAUGCCAAGCCGUUAAUAUAUGAGGUUAUAUCUCAAUACUCCAGCUGAAUGUGCAGGAUUGUCGAAAUACAAAAAUGAAAGUGAAUUACUGGAGUCGAACAACAAAAGGGUGAUGAUCGUGCAAAAGCAUUCACAGAAUUGUGUUCGUCUUUUUUUUUUUUACUAAGUAAAAAGACUCGUCCUCUUCCUUAUGUGGCCUCUAUAAACUUUCGAACUUGAAUUUGCUGAAAUGUACUUUCUAUUUCUGUAUGUACUGUGCACAUAACAAGAAAUCCUUGUAUGCUAUAAGGAUCUAUUUGCAGAUUAGACUAAUGUUGCAUGUAGCAUUUUAGUAUCGAAAACUGCUCUUUUCGUUUUUCGUGCUCUUUACAAGGUCCAAAAUCCCUCCUGUUUUGGGAAAUUUUGAAAGUUAUAAGGGACUGCCUGCCUUUGAUUGGUUCGAUUCUAUCAGUGAGUGAGUGUGUUGAUGCAACGGUUAAAAUAAAUCACCCUAAAUGUGGGGGUAAUAAUUUUUGUUAUGGGAGUUGUCAACCACCAAAACUUUUCUUGCGGGUGUAGUUUUUACAUAAGAAGGCUUUUGUGACAUUGGACUUGGAAAAAUGUUUUCA